GCGCAUGCGCGCCGCCGGCGGGGCGGUCACGCGGCGGCGAUGCCGCGGCUGCUGGAGAAGCUGCCGCCGGGCCGGGCGCUGGAGUUCCUUCAUAAGGUAGUUGAUGGCGUCUGUGGCCGAGCGUACCCUCGAUACCAGGAUUAUGGCAAUGUUUGGAGCUUGUCAGAGUGGAUGGAGGUUUUAGCAGAAACUAUGACAUAUUUCAAAACUGCAGUUGGCAAAAACAUGUCUGAUGAAGAGGCUGCUCAGCAGAUAAUUGAGUUAAAUUCAGAUUACCAAGAAGCAAUCACAAAAUGUCUGAAAGGCAGAAAGGAAGAAAUCAGGAAUGCCCUAGUAGAAAAUGUACAUGCAAUCUCUUCUGCCCAGCUGCAGGAUUUUGACUGGCAGUUAAAGCUUGCUCUCUCCAGUGAUAAGAUCUCCAUGCUGCAAAUGCCACUCCUCAAUCUUGAUUUGGAUGUGAGAGAAAAUGGUGAAGUUAAGCCAAUUUCUAUAGAGAUGAAUAAGGAAGAGCUGCAGAACCUAAUAAAUGCACUGGAAGCUGCUAAUAAGGUUGUCUUGCAACUGAAAUGAUGGAAUUCAGACCAACAGUAUGCUGGUGAUGGCUCCCUAAAUGAUUUGGGGAAAAAAUGUGUUUACUGCAAAGUGGGAAGGUUUUGGUGCUGUAAAAUACUGAAGUCAGAAGACUGUUAUGACCAAAUGAACUAUUAACACUUCAAUAAAAAUAAUAAAUUAUUGUAUCUAUUUGACCAAAAAUACGAAAAUCAAAUGUACAGUUGCAUUUAGUACUAAAGAUUUAUAGACAUCUGGAAGAGAAUCACUUAUAAUAUGUGCCAUAUUUGUUUUGGUAAAACUUUGGCAGUGACUACACAGCUACCUAGUAAAACUAAGGCAUCUUACUUGCAUUGUAUGUUACCUUAUCUAAAGUGCCACACUAAUAAAGAAUGAGAGAGUAUUUGUAGCAUUAAUGUAUUUAUACUUGUAAAUAUGGUAAAUAAACACCUGACUUUGUGUGUGAA